GAGUCUGACAUGGCGCUCACCAGUCAGCUGCUUGAAACGCUUCUGGACAACUACGACAACACCCAGAGGCCAUGGCACGGAGUGAGACCAACCAGUGUCACAGCCAACAUGCUCAUUCGAAGCAUGGGGCCAAUCUCGGAGCUCGACAUGGAGUACUCGAUGGACUGCUACUUCCGGCAGCGUUGGACCGAUCAGAGGCUCAAGUUCAACGGCACCAUCAAUCCCAUCAGCCUGCAUAUCAAGAUGCUGGAGCGCAUUUGGAAGCCGGACACUUACUUCCACAACGGCAAGGGAUCCUACCUGCACACCAUCACGCAGCCAAACAAGCUGCUGCGCAUAUAUCGCAACGGUGAUGUGCUCUACUCCAUGAGGCUGACAAUUAAGGCCAGAUGUCCCAUGCAGCUUCAGAGCUUUCCAAUGGACCGCCAGUCGUGCCCUUUGACAUUCGGCAGCUAUGGUUAUACGGCUGACCAGCUCGUGUACAAAUGGGACUCCACGCUUCCUGUGGACCUGAUACCGGGGCUCGCGCUGUCGCAGUUCGACCUCAUUAAUUACCCCUACCGGAACUCAACGUACAUUUUUAAUAACGGCCUGUUCUCGGUACUUCACGUCAACUUCAAUCUGCAGCGGCACAUGGGAUACUUUCUAAUCCAAGUGUACGUCCCCUGCAUCCUAAUUGUCGUGCUUUCAUGGGUCUCCUUCUGGAUUAACAGAGAAGCCACUGCGGACAGAGUUGGCCUCGGAAUCACCACUGUGCUGACGCUGUCCACUUUCGGACUGGACACACGCACGGACCUGCCCAAGGUGCCCUACCCAACGUCCCUCGACUGGUUCGUCAUCAUGUGCUUCUCCUUCGUCAUCUUCACCCUCCUAGAGUUCGCGGGCGUUCACUACUUCACCAAGGUCGGCAGCGGAGAGUUUCCCCUCACCGAUGAAGAAGGGGAAGCCGUGCAAAACGAAGGUGUGGCCGGAGAGUCCGACGUUGAGGAAGAGGAGCAUGUGGACAUUUUCGCCCCUCUGCCUAGCAUCGAAGAGUGCACUUGCAGAAUGAGAAAAGAUAGCGACCACGUGGUGGAGACAGAGCCUGCAUCCCAACGAGCUCCUGGCCGGUUCGUGGGUUACUCUCCGCCGGCGCCGCCUCCGCCGCCUUCUUCGCGCCUCAAGCACCAGCACAGGGUGCGGCCGCUGCAGGAGGACGAGCGGCUGCACGGGGGUUUCCGGCGCGGCAGCCGCCGCCACCACCACCGACGCCGGCAACACUGCUGCUCGCAGUUCAUCAACUGCAUGCUGGGCAACGAGCGCUACCGAGACGAAAUGCGCCGCCGCGCAGACCGCGGCGCCACCGUAAACAGCGUCUCGCAGAUCGACAGGGUGUCGCGUGUGCUCUUCCCGUUUAGCUUCAUCGUGAUCAACCUCUUCUACUGGUUCAGCUCGGGUCGCGACAGACCCGCCGGCUGGGAAGUGCAGAACAACGCGUGA